ACGGCACGCCCAACAAAUUUCGUUCCGUGCUGUUCUGGCCUGCUUGCGUCUGGGUCCCAUCCACUAUCUGUCGGACCCCCUGUCUGCAUACAUGAUCAACUAUGCUGCCGAAAGUUGCUAACCAUCUCCUGCACCAUACUGCCCGUGCGGCAGCUGUCGUCCAAAAUCAGACUGGAUAUUUCUCUCGCAAUGUGCUGCAGCUGCAGACGUCUUCGAAUCCUGCGACGGGCCUCACUACCUUGAAUGGCGCGUCAAGUUCUAGUUGGGGAAACGGGCCAGGGCCCGGUGGGAAGUAUCAGGGGAGUAGUCGAUUCUACUCGGGCUACCAGGGCGCGGGCCGAGCCGUCACGCAAGCGAACACGUCUGCAGCACAAGACGGAGAUUUCUCCCAGGGUGACGAUGAAGACCUAAGACCGCCGCGGCCGGUUGUCCGAGGGUCAGGGAAAGGUCGGGGACGUAGUCAAAGUCUUUCACACUCGGGACCGGGGCGUAGAGAACGCGGUGAGGCACUGGGCGUGCUGCGCACAGUGCAGAUGCACGUCAGGCGCAAACAUACAUUCCUUUCUUCCACUAUCCAUGCGCCGGAGAGCUCAGAACCCUCAGAUCAGUUAGUUGUAUUCAACACGACACCCUCUAUACCCACCCCGCCCCGUGUCAUUUCUCGCCGGAAUUCUACUGCAGCAGCUGUAUCUUCGCAACACGAUGUGUCUACCGCACCUCCCCCACCUCGCCCUGCUUCCCCUCGGAGCCGUCCACCGUCACCACGCCCGCUGUCUCCUGUCCCCUCGGUUUCAUCUCAGUCCUCGGAAAGCGUGACGGAAAAGCUUUUGCAAAAGAGCGAGAGCGAAGCCAUCAUCGAUUCGCUCAAGUCUGCCUCUACGUCAGGCGACUACACUCAGGCUUACACGAUCGUCCAGGCUAUGCGCGCAAAGGAAACUGGGCUCACGAUUGCUCACUUCAACGCCGCUCUCGACGCGCUGUUCCACAGCCGCCGCGGCGGGCAGCCGUUGCACUUCCUGAUCGACACGUACAAUGACAUGCUGAACCGGUCCAUCACGCCCAAUUUCAAGACUUACCUUAUCUUGCUGAGCGCGCUGACGGUGCGCGACGCUGAGGUGCAGCGGACAAUCGCGACGCUCGAAUCCCGCGCGAAGCGGCGCAUGCUGAGUGGCAGGUCCGAGGUCGCGACCGAGUCUGUCGACCAGCGUCGCAUCGCUGCCCUCCGGGAGGAGAACAACUUUGGUUCGGCUAUGUCCCUCUUCGAGGCUGGGUGCACGUUCAAGUACAUGGCCGAGCACUUCCCGCCCUGGCUGUACCGGAACUUGAUGCGCAGUGCGGCCAUGCACGCGAACCUCGACGCGGCCCUGAUGAUCUUCAACCAGAUCGAGAAACGCCAGGAUAUCAAGCCCAGCCCUCCGCUGUACUCUUACCUCAUCUCCAUCUUCACCGACCUCGGCGAUCUGCGCGGUGCGGAAGACGUGUUCACUGAGUUCCUGAAGGCGUCCAAGGCCGGCCACAUCGACUGGUCGAUCAACGAGGAGCAAGAGCAGCCAUGGUUCCUCGAUACGAAGGAUCGCUCGGCUGGGGAACGCGUGAUACAGCUCAAUAUCUGGAAUAGCAUGAUCGAAGCGUCCUUCCGCUGUGAGAUGCCCGAGAAGGGCAUCGAGCUCCUGGCGCAGAUGAUGGACUCGAAGUCGGGCGAGAACUACGGGCCCGCGGACGUGCCUCCUCCCGCCUCGGCUACCUUCACCACGGUCAUCUCAGGCUUCAUCCGGUCCGGCGACGUCGACACCGCGCUCGCGUGGUUCGACAAGCUGCUGCUACAGGACAUGGCUACGCGGCACCCUCUCGAGGCCUCGUCGAAGACGUGCAAGCCGGACGCCGUGGCCUGGAACAUCAUGCUCGAGACGCUGGUCGAGAAGGGGCGGAUAAACGAUCUAAACCGACUCUUCAAACAUUUGCUGCAGGACGACAACACGGGUGUCGUCCAGGUGCGCUGGAACGACCGGGAAAUGGUAUUCGAGGCGAAUCUGCGCCACCUUGAGAGCAGCGAGUUGGAUAGGAAACAGGCCCUUGAGCUGAUGGACUUCGUGGCGAACGAAGUCAUUCUCAAUACCGACCUGUCACUUGUGGCUCGAGCUGCUGCUGAACCACUGGCAGAGAGGUUCGCAGAUUUUGUGGGGCAAUACGUCAGGUAUGGCUAUAUCGAGCGCGCAGUUGACAUAGUGGAGCAGUGGAUUGCCUCGCGGGAGAAGGAAAUGCAGACUACGCAGGUCUCUGCUCCUACAAUCGCCUGUCUCCGCGCGACAGCGGGGAGCAGUGCACAUCGUAUUCUCGGAGUUGACCGUCCUGACGCUGCUGUGCCGAGUAUCGAUCUGGCGCUGAGAAUCGCGCGUUUGUGCGACCACGUCUCCCUCCUCCCGUCUGCACAGACGGCCCCGCGGUACCUCCGAGCCUACGCUAACGCCAAGACGGCAAGCCAUCCCCUCGACCUUACUUCGAGGGAUUGGGAGCUUCUCCUCUACGCGGCCGUCCAGCUUGUGCGUACCAAACAGACGCCGGUGUCUGCUCCGGUAUCCUUGGAGGACCUUCUCAAGGAUCUUGCCACGCACAGCGUCGACCUUGCCACCAUGAGCGAGCAUGUGCGCCGGUCGCUUGUAGAGACAUUGUAUGCUCAGCCCGGCGGCGUUGCAGCAGCCAGAGGCCUGUUGCGCAAGUCAGGCCACCAUGAUUUCGUCAGAGCUCUGGGAGAUGACGCUCUGCUCACACCGCCGACCAGCCCUGAAAUGCCGACUGUUCCUGCUUCUCCUGCUACGAAACGGCCACGUGUCGACCGGGCUUGCACUCGCUACGUCGGGGAGUUCUAUCCUUCCCACCCGCAGGUGACUCCUUCCGUUGCUUUCGCUCGCUUUCAGGAGAGUGCUGCUCAAGGCAUUUUCCCCUCGGUUGAAGUCAUCGGUCGUUUAAUCAAUGCACUGGGUCGGCACGGAAAAAUAUACGAGGUACAGUCCGUAUACGCCGAGGCUCAAAAGUACCUCGCCGCUCUGGAACAUGACAAAAAGGCACAAUCCGCGGCGUGGUUCCAGAUUGAGGAUCAGAUGAUCGUCGCUUUGGCGCAGGCGGGCUUCCCUGAUGCUGCGCAUGUUCAUCGUAGCCGCAUCCUGGAGCAUGGGGGUGUACCGUCUGCCGAUGCGUACGGCUCAAUGAUAUCUUCUGUGAAGGAGACUACCGAUGAUGCUGCCCAUGCUCUGGCUUUGUUCGAAGAAGCUCAGGUCCGUGGCGUGGUUCCGAAUACGUACAUGUACAACACCAUCAUCUCGAAGCUGGCGAAAGCGCGCAAGGCGGACUACGCCCUCGAGUUGUUCCACCAGAUGAGGACGCUGGGCCACCGUGCAACCUCGGUUACAUACGGGGCUGUCAUCGCUGCCUGCUGCCGUGUCGGUGAUGCUCCCUCCGCCGAGGAAUUGUUCCAGGAGAUGAUCUCACAGGCAAACUUUAAGCCCCGUGUGCCGCCUUACAAUACCAUGAUUCAGCUGUACGUUCACACCAAGCCUAAUCGUGAGAAGGCGUUAUUCUACUACAAUGCUCUUCUGGAUGCGCAUAUCCAGCCUUCGGCUCAUACUUACAAGCUCUUGUUGGAUGCAUACGGUACUAUUGAACCGAUUGACGUGGCCGCGAUGGAGCGCGUCUUUGAGCGUCUUGUCGCGGAUAAAUCUGUUGAGGUCACUGGUGCACACUGGGCUUCCUUGAUCAAUUCUUGGGGCUGUGUGCAGAAGAACCUGGAGAAAGCAGUUGAAGUGUUCGAGUCCAUCGCGAAUCACCCCGCGUCUAGGCGCUCUGGUACCCCCCUGCCAGAUGCCGUUGCUUAUGAAGCCAUCAUCAACGUCCUCGUCACCCUCCGGCGCACGGACUUGCUCACCCCCUAUAUCCAACGGCUCAAGUCGUCUAACGUACACAUGACCGCAUACAUUGCCAACUUGAUCAUCAAGGGUUACGCGGCUGGAGGCGACAUUGAGCGAGCACGCGAAGUCUUCGAAGGUCUCGUUGACCCACCAGAAGGUGUCGCUGCUCCAAAUAAUCACGUCUCCUAUUCGUUGAACGGUAAUCGUCAACUACCAUCAACACCGGUCUAUCGCGAGCCUUCCACCUGGGAAGCCAUGGUCAGGGCGGAAUUGGGCGUCGGUAACAGAGAUCGGGCCAUCGCACUAUUAGAACGGUUGCAGUCUCGAAAAUACCCUCCCGCCGUUUACGCCCGCAUCAGUGGCAUCAUGCUCGACGACUCUGUCUCCCCCUGGGCUUCCGACGCCUCUUCCGUGCACUCCGGCAGUGCUGCGACUGAGAGUCACUAACCGCAUCUCACACCCUCUUGACUCAUCACGAGACGUUUACGCUGUAUUUCUAGCUUGCUUGCUCGAUCCGAAGUGAUCAUUCGACUUACGAGGCUUAUGAUAGUGUAGAUUAUAAUGUUACAUUAUACAUGUAUACUAGAUAGAUACAGCGACAGCGCACCCAGCCAUGUAGAGAAAGGGAUCGGAACGAUCAAUCUAAACGAUUGGAUUUGUGCUCGCGGUAUUCGUAGAUAUUGUCUGAAGCGAGGAAGCGCUUGGCGGCCAGAGCCAGGAGCGAGAGGAAGGAAACCGCGAAUAAGAGUGUGCGCCAGGGGUGGUGGGAGACGUAGUAUUCGACUGCUAUCAUCUUCGCAUUCAGGUACCGAGCGAGCCGCUCGACGAUGUUCUCUGAGUGUUUAGCGCGGAUUGUGCCCUUGCGCACGCCGUCAAUCGCGGAGAAUAUGCUGUCCGCCUCGAGCUGGAUCUUGUGCCCGUGCUCGUCCGUGUCGUAGUACAUUAAUUUCUCGUGCUCGGCGAUGACCACGCCCGGCAGGUCGCCCUUCCUGAUCCCGUACAUGCUCUUGAGCCACUUGCCCCACUGCCCCGCGUCCAUCCACGUGAACACGACGUCGCCCGCGCCCUGGCGGUUGCGCCACUGCUUCCCUAUAUCCCGCACCUUCCGGAUGGUCUGCGCGUCCUGCGUGUCAGGGACGGCGACGAGCACGACGAGCGGCUUGUGCGGGGCUUUCAUAAUCGCCUGGAAGGACUCCGAUGAGAGCUCGGUGGUGGUGGGCA